UAGCUUUUGUGUCUUAGGAAUCACCCCUGCCCCAUAUUACUACACACAGACCUGCUGUGAAAUACGACAUAGCACAUCUGCUUCUCUCAUUUCCACACAUGAACCUUUAAAUUCCAGCUUCUAGGUUCAAACGCUUCAGAAACGCUUCAGGAUUCAAGCAUGCCUGCAAACUACAGUGGAACCUGGGACAUGGUGGACAAUCAAAACUUUGAAGGUUACAUGGUGGCUGUUGGAAUUGAUUUCGCCACCCGAAAGGUGGCGAGGAUGCUAAAGCCACAGAAAGUUUUUGAGCAAGACGGAGACUCUUUCAUCAUUAAAACAUUUACAACUUUCCGAAACUACUCCUGUUCAUUCAAAAUCAGUGAAGAAUUUGAGGAAAUCACCAAAGGACUGGACAACAGAAAAUGCCAGACAACAGUCAACUGGGACAACGACAAACUUGUGUGUGUGCAGAAAGGAGAAAAGAAGAACAGAGGAUGGACACACUGGAUGGAGGGAGACACUCUUUACCUUGAACUUAGAUGUGAAGACCAGAUCUGCAAGCAAACCUACAAAAGAACUGCUUGAACCAUUGUGUUUAACUGAAAUUCUAGCGUGUUUAUUGAAGAAUAAUAACAUACGAUUUCAGCAUUAAACAGUUCUCAAUAAAGCGAACAUAACAUUAUAAAAGUGGGGAAAGCUUACUAAACAACAGUAGGCCUAUAAGAAUGCAAGAGUGUCUAAAAAAUCUGUCACUUUUCUUUUUUGUAGCAGCAACUUUGCUUCAAGUAAAUAAAAAUUGUUUCAAUAAAAAAUACCACAGAAAAUGGCAUA